GCCUGCGCAUUCGUGAAGCAAGAGAGAAUAUCAGUCUCGAUAUAUGUGUGGUCUGAAUAUAUCUACGUAGGUACGUAGGUUUUAAGAUAGUAGUAAAUCCUAUCCGGGAUAGAGAGGCACAAAGAUGCCUUUAUUUGGGAAAAAAGAUUUCGGCAGGAAAUCGAAAAAGGAUGGCCGAGACUCCGAAAAACAACCGUCCAUCGAAGACAAGUAUGUGGUUAAAGAUUUGUUGGGAACCGGAGCGUUUUCCGAGGUGCGAUUGAUAGAAAGCAAAGAUAACGGGCAGUUGUUCGCGUGUAAAAUUAUCGACAAAAAAGCGCUUAAAGGCAAAGAAGAUUCACUAGAAAACGAGAUUAGGGUACUGAAGAGAUUUAGUGAACAAGCAAAAGGCGAAGGCGAAGAAAAAAAGAUGUUUUCGCACCCUAACAUCGUCCAGCUGUUAGAAACGUACGAGGACAAAAGCAAAGUGUAUCUCGUGAUGGAGCUAGUAACUGGCGGCGAGUUGUUCGACCGCAUCGUGGAAAAGGGCUCGUACACCGAGAAGGACGCGUCCAACCUGAUGCGACAGGUGCUGGAGGCCGUGGACUACAUGCACUCGCAGGGCGUCGUACACCGCGACCUCAAGCCCGAAAAUUUGCUGUAUUACAGUGCUGAUGAAGACAGUAAAAUAAUGAUCAGUGAUUUUGGUUUAUCCAAAAUUGAGGAUUCUGGUAUCAUGGCUACAGCUUGCGGAACUCCAGGAUAUGUUGCUCCAGAAGUACUUGCCCAAAAGCCUUAUGGCAAAGCAGUAGAUGUAUGGAGUAUAGGAGUCAUCUCUUACAUCUUGCUUUGUGGAUACCCACCAUUUUAUGAUGAGAAGGAUGAAAACUUGUUUGCCCAGAUAUUGAAAGGCGAUUUUGAGUUUGAUUCUCCUUACUGGGAUGAUAUUAGUGAAUCAGCCAAGGAUUUCAUAAGGCAUUUGAUGUGUGUUGAUGUGGACAAGAGAUAUACUUGCAGGCAGGCAUUGGCUCAUCCAUGGAUUUCUGGUAAUGAAGCUAGCAGCAAGAACAUCCAUGGCACUGUAUCUGAACAGCUUAAGAAGAACUUUGCCAAGUCCCGCUGGAAACAAGCAUACCAUGCUACAACUGUGAUUCGACAAAUGCAGAAAAUGGCGCUCAGUAGCAGCGGCUCCAGUCGCAGCACAAACUCAAGCGCUCAGCUCAAGUAAUAGCUGCCCUCCCCCAUGACAUGGCAAAUCACUUUCAAUAUUGACAAAGGUACUUAAGAUUUAUUUCAUUUUUAUUUAAUUGGGUUGGUGAUAACCAACGCCAAGUAACUCCAUCAUGCUUAUUACAAUUGAUAAGCCUGUUACAUUAAUUGAAAUUCAUUGUCAAACCAGUUGGCGGCAGACACGCCGAAAGAUCUGUGUCAUCGCUACGUUUAUAACAUUACUUACGGAUCCACAAGUACAUUCAACUGGUUGUCUUAAUACUGAAAUGGAUAGCUUGUUUAGCAUAUAUAAUAAUCAACGAACUGUUAUUAGACAUAUUUCGGCUAGUCAUUAUAUCUUAUCUGCUUGAAAGUGUUACAGGCAUUAUAAAAAUCUGAUAGCAAAUUGAUACUUAAUUUAGAAACUGAUCUGAAACAUGUCUCUUUUACGUACCUAAUAAUUAUGUACUUCAAAAAUGUAAUUCUUGUUUCGACUUUUUUAUAGUAAUAACAGGAAUUGUUUUAAAAUAUUAUAUAUUAUAUUAUUGGUUGAUAAAAAUGAAAGGGAAUUUCUGAGUGUGAAAUUAAAGCUUAAUUGAAUUUUUACUGCCAAAAUUAAAAAUGGUUUGACACCUUCCUCGAAUGUAAUGCUAGUUAACAAAAAGUAGAUAAAAAUAAAAUGAUGUCUCUUUAAAGAUACUGAUUAAUAGCUAUUGCUUAGAUAUGGUGAUAAUCACUUGUAAUCAUAAGGUCUGUUGCAAAAUUGAUUAGUAAUAAUAAUUGAAAUAAAAUGACAAAAUAUUUACAAUUAUAAAUAUGGUUUAUAUGUUGAGAUAUUCAUUCGUAAUUUGGUAUCUUCUCGAUAGUUGUUUUGUAUUUUAAUAUAGGUAUGAAUGUCGGGCAGGGUACUUGUGUUGAAAUAAGAAGUUUGCAAAUUGGAUAUUUCACUGGUCAAAUGAUUAUAUCUUAGGCCAGGAUUUGGUUGGAAUAAUAAUUUUAUUUAGAAUGCGGAGAUAGCUACUGUGUGAUGAUUGUAUUUUUGUAAUGCUAAUAAGCCGUCUUGAGCUCCCAUCACAGCUGGUAAACAUCUCAUCUUGAUUAGUAUCAACUGUAAGACACGUGUUUCAACAGUCACCUACCCGACUCCAUUAUGCUAUCUCUAGAGUAAGUUUUAUGAUUGAACUUGAAUCCUUCCUAUAUUUUAUCAUUUUCAUAUUCCUAAAUACCUAUAUCAAAUACAUGUAUUAGCGUUUGUUAUACAAUAAUGCAUUGUUGAAUUUAAUGUUCUUAUAAUACUCUGUAACCGUGACUAAAUAGUUGGUAGUAGUUCCCUAUAUUAUAUAAAGGGCAUUUCAUAUGUUACAUAAGAUUGGGCCUAAUGUACAUUUAUUUCAAGUACUUAGUGAGAUUGAGUGCAAUCUUGCUUACGGACUGGCAACUAGAAACGCAGUUAUAUUUGCUGUUGGGUAUGUUCUAAUACUACAGAGGUGGCAUUCGAACUUAAAGAUCUGACUUAUUUUAGUGAGUAUUGCAUUGCUCUUGAUUGAUGAGCAGGUCUGCACUGCUAGUGUACCUACUACUGGAUAUCAAAUAAUGUUUAGAUUUUUAUGUUCAAAUGUCGUUCUUCGCACGCUUAAUUAAUGCGCGUUCUUUUUGCGAGAGUGAAAUAAUUUGACAUUAUAGAAGCAUAUUCAUUGUUCGAUUGAUGUACAUACUUACGUUUUAUGCUCUCUCCUCUGCCCUGUAAGAAUCUCAUAAUCAACGUCAAGGAGCUUUUGACUUUGUUCAACCGUUAUCUUACAUAAAUGACAAAUAAUGUAUAAUUCUGUGUAUGUAGAAAUUCCAUACUAAGUACUUAUAUUAUCAAGUGACACAUUUCCUAUAUCUGUACUUUAUGAGGGUAUGAAUAUCAUAUCAAAUGUUUUGACAUUCCGAUUAGGGUAAACGUGUAAUAAUAACGAUGAUUUUAUUCUAAAUUUAAAAAAUACGGUAACAUUCCAGUUUUCAGUAUUGUACCUAUGCACAUUAUUUUACACAAUUAACAAUGGAAUAAUGGCCACAAGCAUUCAGUUUACACAUUUUAAUUGAAUGUAUUCAUUACAAAAAGGUAAUUUUAUAGUUUUCGUUGUUUAUCAAAGGUGUGUUGGGGUUAUUCAGCCAAAAGGAGUUACGAGCUCCAGAAUUUUGCAAUUGUCAAAUUUCAAUGUUUUUGUCCCUGAUGUGAAUUUUAAGAACCAAUAAUGAUCAUAACUUGGAGUUUCCUCGGUUAAAACAGUAAAUAAACACAUUCGAUAUUUUCUAAAUUUGUUGAGACAGUUUCAUGAAAUAAAAACAUAUCUAUAUUUAACCUAGUUUGAACAGCCCCAACACACUUUAGUUUUUCGUUUCUGUGUAGCGUCCACAACAUAAAAAAAAACUUCCGUCCGUGUUUUGAUUUAUCGCGCAAUUUUAAUUUCAAGUAUUUAACAAUUAUACAUAGUAUAUGAAGGCUACAUUAAUAUAUACUAAAUAUGUUUGUAAUGAAACAUUAUAAUAUUCAUAUAUUUAUUUAAAGAAAAAUAAAAGUGACACUACAACCAACAUAAUAAUGCAAAGUAGGCACAUAAUAGAAGUUAACUUUUAAAACCAUAUUUUGAAUUCAAUUGAUCUCACAAGGAAAAAUAUGUCACAAUAAAAAGAAUUCAUUACGGUGCUCUUAUGAGUACCUAAGCCAAACGAGUUUUGACGAGCAUACCAACAGAAACGCGCUCAAAACCAGUCAGGGUAUCUGACGGUCAGCUUAUUUACUUUGUAUAAGCAGAUAUCUCGUUAUGCAAGUGUGCCCACCACGGCAUCGGCAUUAAACAUUUACUUUUUCUGUGGAUACUGUACAUGCAAUAUCGUAAAUUUUUAUGGCACCUAAAGAUUUACAAUCCAAAAUGUGCAUUUUCGACAUUCAGAACAAUUAAAAAAAUCAUAGGCUUCUCGAUAGCAAGGAAAUAAGAAAAGUAACGACAGCGUGCUAUAAUUGUAUUACAGUUAACUGUGUAGGUACUCAGUAUUUCGAAUGACAGUGCUACUUACAAGCACGUGCGUACCACCGAUGAACCACUUGUACACCGUUUUAAACUUUACAUAUGAACUGUUUUUUUAAGCCUUUUUUUCUUUCCAAUUGGUUGGCCGUAUGUUAUUGCGCUGUUGAAACUUAGCCUUACUAGAACUAUCUUAUUAGGUUCCCUAGUUGAGGGACCUAUUUAUCUGUAUCUAUGUGAUCAGAAUGUUAAUGUGCCAUAUAAUGCUGCAGGUGUCUAUUCUAAUAUAUGGUGGGAUCACAUCUAUCAGCAAUAUCAGCAUCAAGCUGCACUUUAGUUUGAAUAUGCUUUUCAGCAUUCCGAUGCAUGCGCGUCUUCAUACUUAAUUAAUAGUUACUAGCGAUCUCUCAUUUAUUCCCGAGGCUGAUAGAUGUGACUCCAUAGUUAUUGACGAGGCCAGAUGCAGCUUAGGU